UUUAAACCCCCUUUGCUUUACCCUUUGGGUGUUCUUCCCAGAUGAUGAAUCGGCUGCGCAAAUGCUGCUGCCCGGGAAUCGAAAUCCAUCACGGCACGCCCGAUCCAGCUCCAUCGGCGCCUGGUCCCUACGCGAAUGUGGAUUCCAGGCUGCGAGCGCUCGCUAGGGCCGCGCAGGGAUUUGGGAGCGCAUCCAUCGGCGGCCUGGAAGGAGCGGUCUACCAUGUCACGACCCUUGCCGACGAUGGGCCUGGGAGCCUCCGCUAUGGCUGCCGCCAAGAACAGCCUCUCUGGAUCGUGUUUGAUCUGUCUGGAAAUAUUUCGGUGUCGUCGGCGAUCCGCGUAGCGUCGCGCAAGACUCUCGAUGGCCGAGGCCAGAGGAUCAAGAUCACCGGGCACGGCAUCCAGCUCAAGAAAUGCGAGCACAUCAUCAUCUGUAACUUGGAGUUCCAGGGGGGCCGCGGCCACGAUGUGGAUGGAAUCCAGAUCAAGCCAAACACCGAGAAGGUGUGGAUCGAUCGAUGCUCGCUCUCCGACUACGACGAUGGGCUGAUUGACAUCACAAGGCAGAGCACCGACAUCACGGUCUCCAGGUGCCACUUCCACCACCACGACAAGACGAUGCUCAUCAGCGCCGACGCAAAGCACAUAGAAGAUCGAAACAUGCGAAUCACGAUCCACCAUUGCUUCUUUGACGGCACAAGGCAGAGGCAUCCCCGGGUAAGGUUCGCCAAAGUCCACCUUUACAACAAUUACACGAGGAACUGGGGUAUCUACGCUGUGUGCGCUAGCGUUGAGUCUCAGAUAUGCUCGCAGGGCAAUGUAUACCAAGCAGGAUCAAAGAAAAAAGUAUUUGAGUACUACACAGAGAAGGCUCUCGACAAAAACGAAGCUGAGUGUGGCUGCGUCUGCUCAAGCGGGGAUGUCUUUCUAGGUGGAGCGCAGUGGGAGGCCAGAAAUCCACACCAAGUCUUUCGUCCCGAGAGCUGCUACUCCAAUUGCACGAUAGAAGCUGCAGGGCCAGAGCUCGUGGACAAAGUAUGCAAGAUUGCGGGAUGGCAAAACGUACCACUUCCUCCAGAUUGGUAGUCCACUCCCGGGCACGUGACAGUUUUUUAUAAAAAGGCGGUUAAAAUAAAGCGAGGUAUCGAGUUGACUAAGCGUGAUUAAUUAGUGGGGAUGAAGAAGCAAAGAUUAAGUGAGUAAAUGAGUGGUGUGAUAGAGAGUCAUAUUAAUGUUACUAAUGAUGUUAGUGCAUAGAA